UUGACAAUGAAAAGAAAAGACAAAAGCAUAAGAUUAACGAAAAAAUAAUUGAUGACUUUUAGAGUUUGCUAAUGGCUUAAGUAAUUUGUUGCGUAAUUUAUGCAAAAAUGACCUACAUAUAUGUGGGUAUAUAAGUGCGUUCUUCUGGGCCAGACAACAGUUCAUAAGUUUCACUUACAACAUACAAUCUACAUUCCUACAAUCAUGUCUGCUAUACGCUUCGUUCUAAUUAGUUUGGCUCUCUUGGUCAUGAUGACAUAUGCCCAGCCAGUUCCAGGAGCUCCGGCUAUUGAUCCUUCAUUGCCUGGAGUAGAGGCUACAUUGCCACCAUCUCAUGUUGUCGACAGGGAACCCAAGCCUCGUACACUGUUCCUUCUACUGCCACUGCUGUUCCCCUCUGAGUUCUAUUGGAGUUAAUUUAAAUAAUAAACAAAAUUAAUUAAGAA